AUGGUGCAGGAUUCGACGGCACUGGGGCUUCGUCCUAGUUGCCGGAGGUCAACGGAUUUCUUCGAUCAAGUUUGCAGCAAUCCGUCGAAGGGCCCCACAGAUUCAGGAGAACAAGGCUCGUCGAGCACAUUCUCACCGGCGGUAACAGCCGAUCUGCUCGUCUGUGAUCUUCCAGAGGUAGAGCCUCUCAUUCGUCCGGAUCACAGUAGCCAAGCUGCCGAAAAAGGACCGAGCGCUACGUACGCCGUCUCUGGAACCAUCGUUUUUCACGGAGAUGGUACGCGACCAUCUUCGGUCGGUGAUCGACUGCCAGAAAUUGGCGACUCGAAGGACGCCGACACGAAUCCACCUACAAGCCAAGCGGACCCUUCGUAUCCCGGUCCCGACGACGAGGGCUUCUGGAGACAGAGGGACGGUCAACACGAGUGGCAUCCGGCAUCGAAAGAGCCCAGCGAUCAGUCUCAGCCUACGCACGGUGUGAAUCCACGAGACAACUUCUCGAAGCAGGCUGGUGAUUGGGUCCCACAUCAUCAGGACCCCCCGAACCUGAGCGAAUACGAUGCUUGGUCGGCCGAGCAAGAGCGAGGCGCCUUCUUGAGCUUCAACGAGUGGAAGGAGCGGCAUGCCCAAGAUUCCUCUGGUCACAUCAGAGGCUCAAGCUCAAACACUCUUCGCGUAGCCCCGCAAGGCGGGACCACACAAGCACACUCAGCCUCGGACGAUCCCAUUUCACCUCCACAGCAGACCGCCGUCGACUUGGAAGCUUCGAAGCCCAGAACGGAUGCACCGGAAUAUCAAAAUUCAGUUUCUCAGACCGCUCGCCAGAGCGAAGUCAAGGAUUCAGCGACAUUCUCACCAACCGCCCCUAUGCCCGGGCAAACCAAAACCACGCAGACCAGCGCACUUGAAGCCCCAGCCCAAAGUCAACCUCCGAUCGAGAGUGCAGUGCCUGUUUCACGCAGCAUCUCCCAGCCUGCAACGAUGGGCUUCAGCGUGGCUGCAGGCGACACUGGCUCGCAAUUGUCCAAACUCAAGCACCGAUGGAACUUCGCCUCGUUGGAUUGCGCUGCGGUGGUGCACAGAACCAAUCCAGAGGCCAAAUUUGCGAGCUCAAUUCUCAGCGAGAAGAAGGAUCGCUACAUGCUUUCACCUUGUCCGCACCCAGGCGGGAAGCUCAAAGGUGGCAGCCAAUUCGUCAUUGUUGAGCUCUGCGAAGAGAUCAAGAUCGACACCGUCGUGCUCGCCAACUACGAAUUCUUCAGCAACAUGUUCAAGAAGUUUACUGUCACCGCGGCCCGUCAGCUGACUGGUAGAGAGGACGACUGGAAGCAACUUGGCACGUUCCGCGCUCGCAACGUUCGAGGUCAGCAAGUCUUUCGAAUUCCUUCUGCACCUCGUUCAGGAUUUUUCCGCUACGUCCGCAUCGACUUCCUCGAGCACUUUGGAAGCGAGUACUACUGCCCAGUCAGCUUGCUCAGGGUGUACGGUAUCACCCAGAUGGAAGACUUUGAGAGAGGGGACACGGAACUCGAAGAGCACGAUGCAGAGCUCGCUUCAGAGGCAGACAUUGGUAAGCCUGAGCAAGAAGCUUUCCAGGAUGUGCCGCCAAAUUUGCUUAGCUCAGCCGAAUCACCAGAGGUCGAAGUCCCGACAGGGCGCGAUUCCGCUCCGAAUCUGGACAACGCCAAUCCCACGGCUCAUGACGAAGACAUCUGGCGCAAGCAUGAGCAAGCCUUCCAACGCAAGCUGCAAAAUCAGAGCAUCACCGACGAGGGCGAAGUCGACAUCGGCGACGCUUUGGUGUCCCACUACGACAACAUGUCCUCACAUGCUUCUGCGCCGCAGUCAGUGCAGCCUUCCAAAUCCGUAUUGCCGUUGCAGCAGACUCCAAGCCAUGAUGAAGCCAACAGAGGCUUAGAUACAGCAGCUAAAUGCGCUUGGGAGGAUGAUCCGACGAUCAAGGCUCGAUUCAGCGACGUAUGCAUUCGAUCUCGACAAGAUUUAGAUCCUUUUCACCACAUUGUGUCAGUGUCUGGUCGUCGCGCCGAAACCAAGAACCCGCCAGUUGCAGCAGAUGUUACUUCGCCCACGACGCCCAAACCAGCUUCGGGCAGCAUCGCAGCCAACUCGCGACCCGUCUCUACAGCCGGAGAGAUCUCCGAAAGCGACACCGAUCGAGCUCGACGUGCCAACCCGCAACGCCCUGGCGGAGCACUUCCAAGUCAACAAGGCAACUCGGGCAGUGAAUCGGUCUAUCGAGCUAUCCACAGACGCCUUAGCGCGCUCGAAUCCAACGCGACACUGAGCCACAGCUACAUCGAGCACAGCGGACAGAUGUUACGCGAAGUGUUCGCACGGAUGGAAAAGCGUCAGGAAGCCCGCAUGUCUGAUAUGCUCAGAGCUCUCAACGCCAGCAAUUGGCAGCAAAUCGAAUCUCUUAAGAGGAGGCAGCAGGUAGAUCUGCAGCGCGCCAUCUUCGAAUUUGACGUCCACCGCCAACAAGCGGACAACGAGCGCCGAGCGCUGCUUCGCGAGGUACAACUUCUUGCUGAAGAGGUACUUCUCGAGAAAAGGCUUUCCAUCGCACAGCUCAUCAUGCUGCUCGUCGUCUUUGUCUUCGUAGGAAUGACGAGAGGUUCCAGGGCUGUACCACUGCUACACGCUGGCUUUACCAAGAUCGGACGCGGCUCUAAGCGCCGAGAAGCCAAGAUCGACGGCCAGGGUGUGGUUCCAUCCUCGCCAAGCCGAACGACUGCUCGUCUUCCGUCGAGCCCUGAAGCCAAACAACCCCACUUCUCUCCCUCGAGAGAAAGCGAUCCGAAUAGCGAUCCGACGCAACAUCGACAGGGAUCCCGUCAUGAGAGUGUCACCGGCCCUGGGUCGAUAGCCCAGCAUUCACGGUCCGAUACCGGACUCGCAACUCCAGCAGCCUCCAAAGCAAAGGCUUUGUCUUUGGCUUCCGCGCUCCCGGAGUAUAUCGCAAGCUCGCAAGCAGCAGGACAGAGCCAUGCAAGAAACGGCAGCAAGGCUCCUACCAACGGCUUCGUCAGUCGUGCCGGUCCACGCCGAGAAACCUUGAUCGGCCUGCUUUCGCAGCCGCGAUCUAGGGGUCGCUUGGUCCUGCUUCUAGAAACACUAGACGCCUUGGAGCGUGCCGCAGAUCGUCGACGAUUGCCGAAGUUCCUGCCGCGUCAAAGGGUGAUGGCUCGUCGUCAACAAACGAUGGGGGGUAAAGCUCCCAGAACGGACACGGCGUUGCUUCCAAGAUCAGAACCGAAUGUCUUGUCAGCUCCCGACUUGCAUGGGCAUAUCGCACGUUCACAUCGACCCAUUUUUUCGCACAAACAAGAACAGGGUCUCACAAAUGGACGACGCCACGGAACACCUGGUCGGGACAGAAAGGCAGAAUCCUUUGGGUUCGACGAUGUCGCAGGCAUGUCUUCGGACUGGACCGAGAGAUCCGAGAAUGGCGAUGCUUCCGAGAAUGCAGCGUAUCUCUCGGAGGACGAGGAGAACACAGCAAUUCGAGCGGCAAAGUCAGACUUGAUCAGCUUAGAACCUGUCCGCGAUUUCAGUGUCAGCACAAAGUCAGAUCGGCUAGAUGGGCACGAUGCGCAUCACAGACUCAGCAACGGUCAUUCUAUGAUCACCUCUGAUACGCUUCAGCCGAGGGUCGCUACAGACCGACUCGUCUCAAGCUCAGAGCCGGACAAGCAAGGUGCGGUGCCAGAGUUGCCAAGCAUCGCGAGAGCAGACGGUCAUCUGUCCAGCUCAGACUCGGAAUCAGAAGGAGGGGCAUGGCACAGAGUUUUGCCCAGACGCAUUGGAAACAGCAACAGUAUUCGCAGGGGCCGACAGGGUACGAUCGACGGCAAGAGCUUCAAAGUGGACAGCGAGACGAAGCUGAGCGUCAAACCUGAGGUGUCAGACCGGCGUGGAAGUCCACGGCCCUCAUCAGCGCAGGGCGCUGGGUCCAAGUCACAAAAGCCUGCAUUGAGCAGACUGUUCCGAGCUGGCACGCCGGAACUAGGUGGUGCAACCUCUCCACAGAAUCGUCGGAGCGGAACGCCUGACACGUUGCGAGAUGUCAGACCUGCUUGA